AUGGUUUCUCUUGGCGCAAAUGCCUUGCUACGCUUUGUGCACGCUCAAAAUGGGGAGGAGUUGGAUACUGUAGUGGCCGAUGGUAGUCUCUACAUCAUGAGCGGACUGGCUCGGUAUGUCUAUUUUCACAUGGUUCUUCCUGUGGAGGAGCAGCGCUUUGGCAUUGUAUUUCGGCGCUCUAUUUUGAAUUCGGUUGGGGGGUUUCGUCCUGUGACUACGCCGCUAGGUGACCUUAUGCCGUACCGCUCCACACAGAUUCUAAACAUAUUGUACGCGAAACAGAUUGGCGGGGUGCGCGUAACAGUGGAUGACAAGUAUCUAGAAAAGGAGGAGAUUGGCGCCUUUGACACUGCCAAGCGGGUUAAAGGACUCCAUCCUCUGCGGGAUUGGUCGUUGUUGCCCCAGCUGGACGAGGAUGAGGCUUGA